ACUGUGACGAAGGUAUUUAAAAUUAUAUUCAGUACAAUAUAUGCAAGGUCGUGUAUGUGUGUUUGUGUCUGUCUGUACACGACGAAACUUGACAGCUUUAUUAACAUUAUUAUAAUAUGGGUUUAUUUGGUAAAACCCAAGAAAAAGAUCCAAAAGAAAUGGUCCAAGAGUGGACUCAUAAAUUAAGAAAAGAAGGUUAUAAUUUAGAUAGACAAGUUAGAGCAAUACAGAGAGAGGAAGAUAAAGUGAAACGUUCAUUAAAGGAAGCAGCUAAGAAGAACGAUAAAGAUGUUUGUAAAAUUCUUGCUAGAGAAAUUAUUCGGGCUCGCAAAGCGUGUAAUAAAUUGUGUACAUCAAAAGCUCAUUUGAAUUCAGUAUCAUUACAAAUGAAAAAUCAAUUGGCAACUAUAAGAGUUGCUGGUUCUGUAUCUAAAUCAACAGAAGUUAUGCAAGCUAUGCAAUCGUUAGUGAGAGUGCCUGAGGUUGCAGCCACUAUGAGAGAAUUAUCAAAAGAAAUGAUGAAAGCUGGUAUUAUCGAAGAGAUGUUAGAUGAGACCAUGGAUUCUAUUGAAGAAUCUGAAGAUAUGGAAGAUGAAGCCGAUGAAGAAGUUGAUAAAAUUUUAUGGGAAGUUACAGCAGGACAACUUGGAAUAGCUCCUGCGGUUGUUACAGAAACUCCUGGUGUUGUUGCAUCAACAUCCGUUGAAGUAGAAACAGAGGAUGUAGAUGAUGAUAAAGAGCUUGAAGAAAUGAAAAAUAGAUUACAGAGUUUACGAAGUUAGUCUUAAUACAUAAAUUAUUUAUGUGUUGAUAACAUUAUAAGUAUUUGACAUCAUUUUAAAGUUAUAUUUGUUAGAAUAAUGAAUACAGCGGUUGAAAUAACAUCUACACUAAAUUAAAUUAUCUCAAUUAAGCUUUAAAAACACCUUGAUACACUUAUUUUUACAUAAUACAGUAUAAUUCAAACUUACUGUAAAAAUUCUAAGCAUAUAUAAGUUUCUAAACAAUGUUACUUUAUUACAAGUUUUAUAUGCAUAUUUAACAAUCUUUAUAUCUUUGUUAUAAAUAUUAUAUUUUACCAAAUAUUCACUAUUCGUGUUAAAAAAAAAAAAAAAAAAAAAAAA